AGAUAGACAUGGCCCCUAAAAAAUGGAAGCCGCAAUCAGGAAAUGAUUUUUGGACGCCUAUGGACUGCACAUCAGAGGGGCGAUCGGUUGUGGGGUCAGAUGAUACGACACAGGACCCUAACGAGACACAAGGGAACAUAGAUUCUCAGCAUGUACGACAUGAGCAACCGGUUGUGGGGUCAGACGAAACGACACAGGACCCUGACGAGACACAAGGGAACAUAGAUUCUCAGCAUGUACGACAUGAGCAACCGGUUGUGGGGUCAGACGAAACGACACAGGACCCUGACGAGACACAGGACCCUGACGAGACACAAGGGCCGAUAAAUUCCGAACAAUGUAUAGCACCUGAGAUGGAGUUUGGACCAUCACUACAAUCAGGAUCUGAUACUUCACAUCAUAAUGGUACUACUCGGGUGCCACGUAUGUUACGGGGUGGGAAAGUUUACACAAUAGAUGAGCAGGGUAGAAGAAAUGUUAGGACUGUUGGUAGUCCUAAGGACAUAUGGCACAUACCUGCUGGAGAAAAGGUGGUGAUCGAGUUCAACACGUUGUGCCAACCAACCGGCCCGGGGGUCGAGAAAUUUAGAAGGAUUUGUGGGAAGAUCAUCAGAAAUGGUCGAUUUGUAAAGUUGCAUGGUAACUGGAGGAAAAUACCAUUGCAAGAGAAGGAAGAUAUGUGGAACACCCUAACGAAAAAAUUUCAUUUUGAGCCUGUCCACCUAGUUGAUCAAAUUAAGUCGUUAACAAUGAAGGACCUAGCAACGAAAAGAAGGCAAUACAGAUACGAGAUCAAGUGCGGUCUAAAGUUGAAACAGGGUGAUACCUUAGAGUCUGUGAUCACUAGGGCUUCGGCAGUGAAAGUCUUCGAUUCUGAAGACUUUGAAAUGCAAGUUGAUACGUGGUUGUCUUCGGCUGAUAUGGAGAGAGCGUUGAAGGCCAAGACAAGCCGUGCCCAAAAUGUAUUUCUUCACACUCUGGGAUCGAAGAGUAUCGCACAAGUUGCACGAGAAAUGGAGGAAGACAUGGGAGAAACACCGAACCGAGAUGAUAUGUUCAUUGUCUCGCAUACCAAGAAAGAUGGAAACCCUGUGAAUGAAGCGGUUGGGGAAGCUAUUGCGAAGAUGAGAGAGAUUAUCGAGAAUCAGUCGCCUACAGAACGAGUGUGUUCACAGGGGUCAGUCCGUUGGUCGCAGAAUGAUGCAUGUGCACAAGUGCUAGGACGAGAACAUUCCGGUCGUGUGCGUGGCUUGGGGCUAGGGCCAACUCCCGGGAAAUCAAGCUCUUACAGUACCUCCGGACAAGGAUCGAUCUCUAGUGCGCCUACUCCCAAAGAACUAGAGAUGGCUGCUGAGAUGGAACGUUUGAAGAAUUUGUACGAAACGACAAACAUCAAACUGCAAGAGCAAAACAACAAGUAUGAAGCGCAACAAGAAGAGUUGGCAGCCGUCAAACGUAUGGUCGCAAUGAUUAUGGCAGAGAAACAAUCAUCAAUGGGAAACAACCAAGAAGCGAACACAUAAAAGCAUAAAUGAAGAAGAUGCACACAAGGUCGUAAACCGGAUUUUCCUUUGGGUCGGCUUGCAUACAUUGAUGAUUAUAAUUAAUGAUGUAUGAAAUUUAGGUUUUAUGUUUUUUUCAUUUUAAGUAUGUAUUUAUUUUGACU